AUGUUUGAACUGAUUCAUGAAAGUAUCUGGGUAGCAAGCCAUAUGAUCUUUACCAAGAAUUUCUCUCCAAACGGUAAUAUUGGUGAUAUUGUGGCCAAGGACGAUGCCCAAAUGUCAACUGCCCAUUUACUAGGCAUGCUGACAGGCGUCGGAUUCAUCUCGGUCUCUCAUGCACCUGCCUUUUUAUUCUGCGUAUUUGCAGUCCUUUCACCCAUCAACCUGUGGACCACCACCAAAAUGCUGCACGCAGCUAAAUUCGAGAUUUUGAACCAAGCCAAAUUAACAUUACUGAGUCGAGAAUUUAUUGAUACCAAUGGUGUAUCGGAUUAUGAUCAAUUGAAGGAUCGCGAGAUCAUGUUUGGUGAGUGGAUCAAACCCAGUUAUGGUAAGAAGGGUGGAAUUGCUGUCAAAAUCAAAUUGGGUCCCAGUGCAGAACAAGCAUUUGGUGCUACGGGCGAAGUAGAAGCCAACGUAAAUGUGAUGCGCCAUGAGAAUUAUCUGUUGAAUUAUCGCAAAAAUACAAUGUAUGUCUUAUUUCAUCAGGAUGCAGAAUCCAACGAUGUAAUCAAGUCUAUUCUGCACUCGUUGAAAUUCCAUGAUAGUCUUUCGCAAUCGGGAAUUACGCUAGAAAAUGACUGGGAAGGUUAUGUUCAAACUUUGGAAGAUAGUUUGGGCUGGACAAAGGAACAUUUCCCUAAAUUCGUGGCUAAAUUGGAUCAAAAGAACUGGCAGAGUGAUAUCGUCUAUUGGAAUGAUGGUGGUAUGCGUUUGGCCUGGAAAGACCACGAAGAAGAAAACAACGAACCUGAGAUAUUCAACUAGGACCUUUUUUUUUUUUGGAAAAAUAAAAAAUAAAAAAAAUUAAA